CUCGUCUCGUAUACCGUUCAUCAGCAUCAUGGAGAAGUUUUCGCGCUGGAGGGACCAAGGAACAGGCAUCCAACCGUUUUUGCCACCAGUGCCAGCAAAUGCGGAUCACUCCCCUAUCGAAAAGGUCAUAACAGCUAUCCUUAUAGUUGUGAAACCCAUUACGGGAGCCGUAAAAUUUGUCGUCGUCUGCGCUCUGGCUCUUGUGCUAGUGACAUUGGAAACACUAGGACUAGUCUUGUCCCCUUUUGGCCCGGUACAAAAGCUCUAUCACCGUCUAAUUUCGACCAUCUUUGUCCGGAUGAUCCUGGUACUACUCGGCUUCUUUUGGAUUAAGCACGAGGUUGUUACCCUAAAGCGAGGACGUAGCGCAGGAACAAACAAAGCACAAUCGCUGAACAGGAAAGCUACGGCUUCAGGGGAUCUGAUAAUCUGCAAUUGGUCAUCGUAUAUCGACAUCCUGUAUUUGGUUUUCAGAUAUGACCCCGUCUUCACUCAAAUCUAUCCCGCGACACUGACUGUCCGUCAGAUCUCGUUCUGGGAGGCAUUGCGUUUAUCAGGAAGUUACCCAGAGUCGUCGCCGCCAGAGGGCGUCGAGACGUUACCUAUCCUGGACUUCGUCAAAGCCAUGCAUAAAAAGGGCGCUGGGCCUGUCGUCGUUUUUCCAGAGGGCACAACAACGAACAACAGGGCGAUUUUGAAAUUUGUGCCGAUCUUCACGAAAUGCUCCGUGCCCGAGACGUCGAUCAACAUCGGCGUCUUGGCACUCAAGUACGACUACCACAAAUUUGCUCCAACCUUCACCGUUGGACUCGACAACUCGUAUCGCCUUGGACAUUUGUUCCGCAUGUGCGCUCAAUUAUAUAACACGCUUUCCGUGAAGAGUCUCGCACCUGAAGAGUCUCCCUCAAACGCACACUUUUCGGCCAUUGACGGUCUUUCUAGCACACCCUCAGGCGCCGCCAUGGGCGUAAUUGAACCAGUGGAAGAGGAUCCUCUCGGCGGUGUGAUUAUCAAUCUGAUGGGACGCAUGACACGGUUCAGAAAGCUAGGGCUGAAUGUUCAGGACAAGGCCGAUUUCUUGGAUUACUUUAUCCUCCGAAACAAUGGAAUUAGCAGCGCAAAGAAGACUCCAGUGCAGAAAACAAGCGCACCUACAUCAGUAGGAACUGGCCGGCCCAAGAGGCAUUAGACUUCUCCCCUAACCACUCAGCAUCAAACAGCUCAAUGUCUUUAAAACAAACGCGCUUCAAAUAAAACUUGCACCGCAUCUAUUCUUUGACCUUU